GAUGACGCCGUUGUGUACAGUGUGAAUGAAAUUAUAAAGAUAUAAUUGAUAACGAUAAAUUUCAAAUUUCAAACAAUUCAAAAUUAAUUUUAAGUUUUUAAACGGUGUUUGGCUGUACUUUAACAUUUAAUUUUAGAUUUUCAUCUUCUGUUUUAAGAUUCAUUACACCACUUUUUUUUGAUGGAACUGGACCAAGUUAUAGUUUUACAUCAUCUUAAAGAGUUAGGGUAUGAGAAUGUUGAAUCUCAUUUACUUCAAAAAUUUAUGAAAGAUUUAAAAAAACUUAUUAAGUAUGAAAAACACAAAGCACUAGUUGAAGAAAAAAGAAAUUUGAAUGAUGAUUUAAAUAAAAAAAGAAAUUUAUUGGAACAAAAACAAGAUAUUCCACCUAAUAAUUAUUGUAAAAAUGCAUGUUGCAAUAAAAAAAAAAAUGAAGUUUUCGAAAGGUUAUCACGCCCAAGUUCAAAAACAAAAAUAUGUUCUAAAGCUGUAUCCACAAUAGCUAUUCAAACAGAUUUACAAAAAAAAAAAACAAGUGAAAACAAAUAUUCACAAAUUUUAAAAAGGAAACAAAUGGAUCCAGUAUCAUUACAUCAGUAUUACCAAAAUGAAUGGCAGAAUCAUAAAGUGCCAGGUGAAAAAAAUCAUAAUGACUUACGGUGGCAAAUUAGACAGGCUAUGAUACAUAAAUAAAUUUAUUUUUUACUUAAUGUUAAGACAUCUAUAGAUAUUUGACUUUAAUUUUUAUUAAUAUAUAAAUAUGUUGUAAUUUCAAAAUUUCAAAAAUACACAUCUACUUCUAAUUACAAUUUAGUUCAAAUAAAUUUUAUCGAAUACUUAUUGACAUGAGUGAUUAUAUUUAUACAAUGUAUUAAUCUUAAAUCGUUAAUACAUUGUAAUUAUAAAUAAAAAUAAAAAUAUUGAAAUCUUAAAUAGUUAAACACCUUGUAAAUUUAAAAACAAUCUUAUUAUUUAUAGUUAAGUUAUUUUUAUUGUAAUAAAGAUUAUACGUUUUUACUUUUAA